AUCCGAGCGAGACCUGUCACGCGCCCUCGUCUCCGUCAGCUUUGGCCAAUCGGCCGUCUACCUAACCGGCGGCACAUCUCUCGACGACCCCAUCCUCCCCAUAUGGCUCCAUUCUGGAGAUGUUCUCGUGAUGCAUGCCGAUCAACGCCUCGUCUACCAUGCCGUCCCCUGCAUCGUGCCCACGCGAAAAUUUGACGGCGCCACGUGCCAAGGGAAAACAGCGGAAGAAGUAGACAAAGAGCUGCUGGACUACGCAAACACCAGUCGGGUCAAUAUCACAAUAAGACAAGUCAACGAG